GAUCAGCCCAGCCUCUGUCUUCAAGAACAUUGUCCACUCUGCUUUGGUGGUGAUGAUUGGCAUGCUGACAGAGGAGCUGCAGACCUUCCUGAUUGCAUUGUGUGCAUAGAUGCCUGUUUUGCUCAAAAGUGGUCUAGUGCACAUCAUGAGUCCAACAACCAUGAUCCACCCAAUCCCACCCACUCUGUCUUCAUUGAUGAGACAACUGUUGCAGCUGUUGAUGCAAAGUGCAAAAAACAACAAGGUCGUCCAUAUGGUGCAAACCAGGAUGACUUUGUAGAGCCUGGUAUGUACAUUCCCACUUCUGUCCUUGAUGGAUGUGGGGAGAGCUUUGUUGCUGCAGAUGAACAAAGGCAGAAAGCUAGCACUUGCUUUUUUCUGAUACUGGCCUGA